CUCGCGAAAUUCGCACGACGUAUGCUAUUCUACAGCGUAUGCCCACCCCGACGGCGCGGCACGUCAUUUAACGGUCGACCGUUCGAGAACUCCUAUAUCCCCCGGUUGAUAAAUUAUAUAUCGUCGCGUGUCAAGCCUUCUCCUGUGACAAUUCGCAAUUAUCUUACGUAGCUCCCGAAGUGUACGCCCCACGUAUCGACCAAUUGAAGUUCAUGGCGCACGAAGUUCAAAGUGGAAAUGCGCCAUUUGCGCGGACGGCAAUAAACGAAAGACUUCAAGAGGAAACGGCCCAAAGAGGAAACAGUUCCAAAAGUAAAUGACUUUAUACAUAAACCUGAGUUCCUAUCUCGUGGAAAAGAUAAGGUGAAAAGAAUGAAAGUCCAUUAGCAGGGUAAGCGCAUAGUCGUCGCUGAGAGUUUUCAUAAAGUUGAAGUAAACGAUAGCAAAUAGAGCGACUAGCAGCGGGAAAACGAGAUAAAGCUUUUUCAGAACUUUUGCCCGAUAUCGCAAGUUCAAACCUUCGGCCAAGGCGGAUAUUUCUGCGGCAUUCUAGAUAUAUCGUCGCCAGUUAUUUCUGGAUUCACCUAGAUUUUCAAAGCGACCGGAAUCCCCAAAUAAUUCAACAAAGGAGAAGCACGAAAAUGUCUACGUUCACCGAUAUCUAUUGGGCAUACGAGAAGUGCCAAGGAUGUGCGUGUGUAUAUGAGAAGCAACGGAAGGUAUACACAUGUGGAAUGUGCGAAACAAUUCUUGACGAAGGUGACGUAAAUGUCCACGAAUGUUUCGUGAAUUAUCCAUCACUUUUUUGUGAUAAAAACACCCUUUAUUUGUAUCCUCAAUGUGUGAAAAAAAAACGAAGUAGUUCUGGUUGUGAAGAAGACGUGAUGAAACAAAUAGCGAAGGCCUUGCAGACCCCACAACCAACACUGCCAUUGCCGAUUAUACCUGUUUUUGACGAAGUUGACAACUUUACUUCGAUGAUCGCCCAUCAGCUACGACAGUUCGUGUGAUUCCGCAGACGCGAAAUAAUGUUAAAAAUUCAUCAACUCAUACAUAUUGAAUCAUUGCAUGAGAAUAAUAUGUUAUAAUGAUAA